AUGUGUACUACUUACGAAAGAGGACUAAAGUGUGUAGUUAAAAGGAGUGCGGAUAAUUGCGGUGAGGUACAAUUUUAUGUUUUAGAAUGCUGUCAACGUCCACCUGAAUAUUGUAAUGAUGACAACGGUAACGGUGGGGGUAACAGUGAAGUCUGUUUAACCAUCAGUAACUGUGAUGAGAGAGAUUGUGCAAUUAAAUCGGAUCCGAAAUGCCAGAAAUGUGACGGAUCAGUAGCUGAUAUCCCGGGUCAUCGGGCCUAUCUUAUAUCGGCUGAUAAAAGAUUAUGUAAAAAGGCUUGUUCAUGGAGACCCGAUAGUAGUAGAUGUUAUCCUGGUACAUGUAAAGAUGAACUGUUUUCGAACUGUGAUUGUUCUGAUGGGUUUACUGGUAAUCAUUGUGAAAAAAUUACUACUAUCCCUAAUAUUCUAUACAAUCAAGUAACGCUAACUGCUGAUAAUAAUGAAAGUGUUGACGCUCCUGGUGAUUUUGGAGCUGGUUCUCCUCAACCAAUAACAUGGACUAAUAUAAUGAAACCAGCCAAUCUAUAUUACUGUUUUCAAUCAAAUUACUAUAAACCAAAUACUAUCCCAAUUCAACCAUUUGUGGUCGAUUAUAAAGUUGGUAUUAUUGAUGGAAAGAUUACUUUCAGGAAGUGCAGAGAAUGUGGUGUAUUGGGACGGUUGGAUUCUGGUAUAGCUAUAUAUGAAUUAGAAAUAUUCAGCAUGAAGUCAGUAGGAAAUGAAUUAAUAAUAGACAAACGAGUAAUUGACACAAAAACUACAUUGCAGAAAAGCCCACAAUUUAAUUUACAACAUUCAGGUGUAUAUUCUGUUAUACUUGCUGCAGUAGAUAAAGCUGGUAACAUUAGACUUGCUAGACGAUGUUUGAUAUUUGAUGAUAACAGUCGGGUAUCAACUGUUCAUGAUACUAAUUUAAAAAGCACGUCAGCGUCACCUUCUACUAACUACCUCUGGCAACAAAAUCAUGGUCCUGUUACUAUUGACUGGGAAAAUAGAUAUAUUAAUACGAAACAUCAUAAUGGUAAAUAUCUAGCUGGAAUCCAGGAUUAUCAUGGUCUAGAUCCAGAAUAUGAUGACAAUAAUGGAAAAAGAACAAGUCGACCAAUUGAUAAUGUUCAAGGUAUAGUAUGUUAUGAAACAUAUUAUGGAUUAGAUGCUCAUGGAGGUUCUACCAUUGAACCAACAGAUAAUGAUUUUACUACAACUGGUUACCUGAAACAAUCUAUAACAAUUUCUCCUAAAUUACAAGAUGGUGAUACUGUCAUAUUUUAUAUAAGAGCUUAUGAUAUAGUAGAUUUUUACCUGGAAGAAUCCACCACAGUAUAUUUUGAUAUGUCGCCACCUGUUAUAAAAGAUCUAUGGUUAACUAAAGGAGAUGAUUUAAAUAUAGCUGUCCAUGAAUUCCACGAUUUUGAUAAACUAGUGAUAGAAUGGAUAGCGUAUGAUCUUCACAGUGGACUAGAAACAGUAGAGUGGAAACUUCAUGAUAAUUUUACUGGUGAUGUUAUAUUACAUGGUUCACAACAUAUACCAGUACAAGGGGAAGCACAGAACCUACCAGAAUGUGAAAAGAAAUAUAAAACUUUUUCUCGAGGAUCUGAUUGUUAUUGUACACCUGCUGUUGGUUGUUAUCAUCAACAUUUUCAAGUUAAACCUGGUGUAUCAUUAGAUAAAGGGACUGGAUUAAUUGACGGAAAACAUCAAGGUGUACAUGAUCAUGAUUAUUAUAUUGAAGUUAAUGUUAUGAAUAAUGCCAAACUGAAUACAACUCUCAUAUACAAGAUUACCAUAGAUACAAGUCCACCAAAUGUUGGUGUUGUACAUGAUGGUAGGUAUGGUGAACCUGAAGUAGAUUACCAACCCGAAAGAAAUCUGCAAGCGCAUUGGGAGGGAUUUUUUGAUAAAGAAAGUGGUUUGAGAUAUUACCACUAUGGUUUUUCUACAAGAUGUUUAACUGCUGAAGAAAUUUUUGAAAUUUUUGAAAUCCAGAACACUCCAGGAAUCUUUGAAACAGUAGUAACUCACGCUACCUGGUUCGCACCUACAGAUGGACAGUAUUUUAUCACAGUGGUAGCCUAUAACACAGCUCUACAACCCUCUCAACCUGUAUGUUCUGAUGGUGUUGUAAUAGAUUCAACACGACCUAUCGUCAGUGAAAUAUUUAUAGAUCAAGCUAGAAUAGAAGCAGGAUUAGUUUCGAAAGAUGGAAAGUUAUAUUAUAUCAAUAAUAGAAGACUAAUUCAUCACAUGCAAAAUCCAGAUCCCGCUUGUUUACAAAAAGGAAGACCAUUAGAAGAUAUCUCGUCGUUUCCAAUAGAAAGAUAUCCCAAUCAAACAAUACAAGAUAGAGAUUUAUGUCAAGAAGAAACAUUACCUAUACAAUAUCUAACACAAUCAUACCUAGUAGAACAUUCUCAUAUAUAUGUAAACUGGACUGGUAUAGAUGUAGAAUCUGGUAUUUAUGAUUAUCAGUUUGGUUUAUCAUCAGAGAGAGAUUCUAUACCUGAUUUAUUACCAUUUCACUCUACAAAUCAUCAUGCAUGGUACCGAGGCUAUCAUCCACAACUAACUGAUGGUACAGAAUUCUUUAUUCAUAUUAAAGCUACGAAUAAAGCUGGACUAGAAACUAUUCAGACUCUAGGACCCAUAAUUGUUCAUACUUCUAAACCUAAAUUUACUGGUAACAUAGAUGUGAAUCUAGGACCACUGAUAGUUCAUACUUCUAAACCGAAAUUUAGUGGUAAAAUAGAUGUCGUACUAGACAAUAAUCUGUUGGUAGCCAAUUGGUCCAAUGCUGUAGUUAAAGAUCCUGGUCACAGUCAACUGAGAUAUACAACAGCUAUUGGUACAACUGAAGGCGGCCAAGAAAUCAUCAAGUUUUCAGAUUUAAACUUUAAUGUACCCUGUCUUGAAGCCUUACCACCCACCUGUACUGUAUUUGAUAUUAUGAAAUUAGACUGGAGUUUACAUCAUGGAUAUAAAUAUUAUAUAUCUAUUAAAAUAGAAAAUACAGUUGGUCUUCAUACAGUAAUAUCAUCAGAAUCUUUAACAUAUAAAUCAUUAUUACCAUCUAAAGGUGUGGUAAUUGAUGUUGGGUUAAAGAGUGAAAUGGACUUCUUCAAUAUUUUGGAACUUGAAGACAGCGACUAUCAACUAUCUACUAGUAUGGUUAGUGUACGAUGGUAUGGAUUUGAAUCCCAAGAAGAAAUAUCUACAGGUAUCAAUUAUAAAGUAGGAAUAAGGAGAGAGAAUGACAGUGAAUUUAUACAAUCUGUUCAUGUCAGCCAACAAACUGAAUACACCUUCAUUGAUCUCCAGUUACAACUUCAUCAGAAAUAUAUUGUAUCAGUAACUGCUACAGUAGCUGGUGUUGGCAGUGUGACGUCAUCAUCUGAUGGAAUGACAGUUGUAGACAGAUCGGAAGAUUUGAGUGAUGAAGUUGAAUUAAAAGAUGGUACUGCUUGUUUUCAGCCAACUGAUCUUGAAGCUAACCAUUACGAUAAUUCUACUGGUACCUUUUGUGGUGAAUCGACAUUUCAACCAUCUAGUUCUAGUUACAGUAUGAAGUGGAAUAUUUCUAAUAAAUAUUACAAUAUAUAUCCCCAUAUAAAUUGGUCUUUACAAAAACAACAUCAAAAUACUGAUAUAUGGCUCAAAGAAUACGAAAAGGAACUUUACACAAGAGAUAGAAUGCUGACACUACCAUACCGUUUAGAAGUUUGUGAAUCCUAUAGAAGUCAUUUACAAUUUUGUAUUGACAACGUCUGUUCUAAACCUGUUUAUUCUGAAGGUGUGACGAUCCUAGGAAAACCUGACAAACCAAAAAUGAACAUAUUGAUGACUACCGAUCAAGAGCUGAAUGUUAGUUUAGAGUUUACAUCGCCACCAACCAGUGAAUCUUGUGAUAAUGUAAUUAAAAGACUAGAAUGGAGUAUAACAGAUAAUCACAAUGGAAGGCUGCUUACAUUAUGGAGGAAAGUGGAUGAAGUUGUUAAUAACGAUAACAAGAUUCAGUUGAAGAUAAUUCUAGAUGGUACAAUAAAUAUUAAUAAAUGUAUAAGGUUGGCUCUACGACUAUUUAAUAAGGCAGGGUUGUCAACCUUAAUCUCAAAACAGAUUCAAAACUGCUCAGCUGUAAAUCCAAUAUUGAUGCGACCACCCAUAGUUAUUGAUGCUGUUAAACAAGUUAUGUACCAAUACGAAUUCAGGGAUUGUUCAGACCCAAUCCUAAUACGACCAGCUAUAGUUCUAGAUGUUUUUAGACAAGAGAACAGAACUGGAAUCGAACUAGAACCGAGUGCUCGAUGGAACGAGCCGGAUGUGGACUAUACUCCCUAUAAUGAUUUAAUAUCUGCUGUAUGGCCGACAUUAAGACAUAGAAACUAUACGUGGGGAUUAUUAGAGGGUCCAUUACAACCCACGUCAACUUUAUACAGUAAUCCUGAUAUCGUUAUACCAGAUCCUUGUUCUCAUCCUUCUACUAUCAUAUGUGGACAUUCAGAUAAAGAAUAUAUUAAUAUAAAACCACCACAACUAUUAAAACAUGGUAGACGAUAUCAUGUUUGUCUCCAUGCUGAUUCUACAACACUACAACAUGAGAAAUGGGAUGAAAAUCUGGAAGAAAUUAAUAGUUGUAGUGAUGGUAUAACAGUUGAUUUAUCUCCCCCUAGUGGAGGUCGAGUCUGGAUACAAACAGACACUAAUACUAACUAUCAGGUGUCUAGUAAUACUUUGACUGUAUUUUGGGAUUCAUUUAUUGAUGUAGAAGAAGAAGGAGGAGCUGUACAUCCUAGUGGAAUUUCACAUUAUACUGUACAAAUAGCUGUUGAUUUUGUAAAUAGAAGUAAAACAGUAGUCAGUGAUGGAAUAAUUAUUGAUCAUACAGCUCCAGAAAUAGUUCUUAACAGAAUACAGACACCUUCACCAUAUCUCACAUCUUUAGAUUCAAUAUCAGCUUGUUGGAAGGAAAGUUUUAAAGACAGUGAAAGUGGUAUUAAAUUCUAUAAAUGGUCAGUAGGUAGUAGAGAAGGUCAAACAGACAUAUUAAAAACCAGAGAAACAGUUGAAAAUUGUGAUGUAGCUACACUGAAUGUUAACUUACAGGAUGGUUUUACUUAUUAUAUUAAAGUCCAGAUACCAAGUGGUCUAAAAGAGUGUGUAUUUAUUAUAGAUACCAAGUGGUCUAAAAGAAUACCAAGUGUUCUAAAAGAGUAUGUAUUUAGUGGUUUAUCUCUACAUGAUGGUAGUAAAUACAAUGUGAAGGUUAUUGGCUGUAAUUUAGCGGGAUUAUGUAUAUCUUCUGUAUCGGAUGAUAUUUUAGUUGAUACAACACCUCCGACUAGAGAUCUUCAUAGUGGUGUACAGUAUUAUCUUUUAUCUGUUGGUACCAAACCAUUUUAUACUGAUUUAAAUAAGGAUGGUAAAACUGUGAAAUACUUGCAUGAGGAUGGUAGAUUAUUGGAAAAUGAAGGAGAAGUACAGACUAAAACAGUUGAAACAGCAGGAAAUCUCGUCCAUGGAAUGUCUGUUUUUAUAUCUAUUGUAGCUACUAAUGGGGUAGGAUUAAAGAGUCAACCAAUUCACAAUGAAUUUCAAUUAAUGCAUGCUGACCUCAGAACAAACGAUCAUGGAUCAUUGGUGAGAAGAUGCCGACCAUAUAACUGUGAAGGUCAUUGUGUUUGUAGUGAACAAGAUAAAAUAUGUCCUAAACCAGAUGGUAAUGGUUGUAUAACAAAUGACAGUGACAUAGAUUUCAUUCAAGUUAUAGAUGUAACUAAUCUACAAUCAACUGAUAAAGUUCAAACUAAUUAUACACCAACUAAUAUGUUUCUAUCUGCUGAAUGGAGACUUUUAACCAAUACAACAUCUCAACCCGUUAGGUACGAAGUUAGCAUUGGUCUGUCUGACGAAGACCAGCCCAGUGGUGUGUUUGAUUCAUCUGCCGAACGACAUUGGUUUGAUGUUGGUCAAGAUAUGAGUACAAUUAUUACACUAACCAAAGAUAAUACCCUACAUGAUAACCUGGUCUAUUCAGUAUUUGUAAGAGCGUGGUAUGAUGAUAAAAGAUAUUAUAUUUAUAAAUCACCUGGUAUCACUGUGAUCUCUAAACCUUCAACUCUGAUUUACAUAAGGGGAGUAGCCGUUAAAGAAUUAGAACAGACAACAAGUAAUAAAGAUAUUGACUACCAAAUAAACAACAAUACAAUAAUAGUUGGUUGGAAAGAUAAAUUUAAUGGUGGAAUUCAUGGUAUAGAUUAUUACCAGGUUUAUAUCAGUACACAUCCACAAGGUCACAAUAUCCAUAGGACUGACACAAAAGUAUUGCCACAGCAGAAAUCAUUCAGUAUAUCUGAAUUAAAGUUACAAGAAAAUAAGAUAUAUUACAGCACAGUUUUAGCCUUUAACAAAGCUGGGUUUUGUAGCUGGAGCACCAGUGAUGGCAUCAUAAUUGAUUCUACACCACCUUCAACUGGUAUCAUACAUGAUGGAUUAGGUAUAAGUGCGUUUAUGGCAUUAAAGUAUAUCUCCUGCACCAGGCAGGGCCCAUACGACUCUGAAUUCCAGUCAUCUGACAGCUUGAUUUCUGCUUCGUGGUAUGGUUUCUCUGAUAUAGGAUCAGGGAUUGUGAAUUAUAACUGGUGUGUUGGUAGACUGAAUGACACCACUACUUGUGAUAUACUACCAUGGACUAAUGUUGGUUUGGAAAUAAAAACCACCGAUCAAUCGCCUGUUACACUGAAAUCAGCUAAGAUCUAUCAUAAAGUGUAUGCUGUAGAUGGUAGUGGUUUACAAUCACAAGUUGCCGUCUCUAAUGGGAUUAUUAUUGAUACUUCACCACCUGAAGCAAGUUACCUGGAAUUUAUUGGAGAGAAUCUCAUCCUUAAUCCCUCAUUUGAAUCAAUAUCUGAUGACACAACAACUUCUUGUAAUUCUAACAUCCCAGAACAUUGGUCUACAGAUUCACAAUCGUGUGUUAAAACUCGAUCAUCUCAACAUUCAACAGCUCAUGAUGGUGAAGUUUAUAUCACAAUAACAGAUCAGAUUCAACAAACCAUUCAAAAUCUAGAUACAGAUUGUUCUUAUCAGCUUACUGUACAUGUUGGUUAUCCACAUGACAUCUUACUAUCGAAUCAUAUGGUAGAAGGUUUUAUUAGAUUAGGACAUGAAAUAAACAGUUUUAAACUGAAUCCAGAUCUCUGUCAGGGUGAUAGUUCUCAACUUGUCAAUGUGAUUCAUUGGUAUAAAUUCACCUAUAUUUAUCAACCAAUAAAUACACGAGAGAAAUUAGUAAUUGGUACAACAAGAAAUAAUAUGAUAUUGGCUAUAGAUGAUCUAGAACUUAGAAAAAUAAAUCAUGUAUCAUUGAAAGAUACCAACAAUAAUCAUAUAGUAUAUCACCCGACUUUUACACCUCACUGGUCUUCCUUACAUUUUCACUGGUAUUUUAAAGAUAGCGAAAGUUCUAUAGUGGAGUAUCAGUGGGCUCUAGGUACAGUGAAAGGUGGAACUCAGAUCAGAGAAUUUACAACCACUGGUGAUAGAAAUCACGUGACUGUUUAUAAUCUACCCUUGGUUCACAACUCUCGGCUAUAUUUCACUGUUAAAGCGCGAAAUGGUGCUGAUCUAACCUCUCUAUCACAUAGCAACUAUAUGUUGGUGGAUACUACGCCUCCUGUUGUUAUUCAUAUACACGACGGUACAGCAGACACUAGACCUAUUGUUGUUAUUUGUAUACAUGACGGUACAGUGGACACCACACCUCCUGUUGUUAUUUAUAUACAUGACAGUACAGAUCUGACAAUUAGCUCCCCAUCUUUGUUCCAAGAUUUUUCUUGGAGUGUCCACGACGAUCUCUGCCACAGUGAUCAUUAUCCUGUAAUUCUACGGAAUAAUGGUCCUUCACCAGUAGACAGGCCACAAAGAUGGAAACUCUCCAAAGCUAAUUGGCCUCUCUUUGAGGCUCUUUGCAUUUAUUCUUUUUCUCAAGAUGAUCUAGAUGAGGCAGAAGACCCGAUGGAAUUAUUUACCACUAUCUUUCAAGAUGUAUUGGGUCAGGCGAUUCGUAAAACCUCGGCAACUCCAAAACGAUUCAAUAAACCAUGGUUUAACGAAGACUGUAAGACAGCACUGAAAGAACGUAAUCGUGCUCUGCGACUGAUUGAACGUUCUCCUACCGCUGACAACAUGGCCUCUUUCCGCAUUGCACGGGCGAAAGCCAGGCGGACUAUCCGCCAAGCAAAGAGGUCGUCAUGGCAGGAGUAUGUUUCAAGGAUCAACAGUCGCACGUCUUCCAAAUCAGUCUGGGAUAGGAUCCGUAGGAUCAAGGGUCGGGAUGUUGAUUACCAGACCAGUAAUGGUAUAGCUGUUAAUUGGCAAAUUGAAGAUCCAGAAUCUGGCCUUGACUAUUGUCUCUGGGCUAUAGGGUCUGUGAGAGGAGGAAAUGAUAUACAGAAGUUUACAAGAAUACAGAAAGAUGAGAAUAAAGCUAGUAAAGAAUAUAUUGACAGAGAACCUAUAAAAGUUUAUUCUACUAUUAGAUGUUAUAAUAAAGUUGGUCUACAAGUAACAGUUACAACUGAUGGUGUUCAACUCAUUGAUUCUAAUAAACUUAUUACUAGUAGUGGGCAGAUAACCCUUUUACCACAGACCACAACCCAAUAUCAACUAUCACAAUAUUGUCUUACACUACAUCAUUCACUUGGUAUUCGCUGGCAGUUUGGUUCUAACAGCUAUCAGUCUACAUCAGUUAUGGUUGGACUCUCUACUGAUGAUUAUAAACUAGAGAAAGAGAUGGAUGAAACUGGUAUUAACUAUGAUGGUGUUAAAUUACAAGGAUUAAAACUGAAACCAGAGACAAACUAUAUGGUGAAUAUUUCUGGUAUUUUACUGGGCAGAUUGAAUAAUUAUAUAAAUCAGACUUUCUCUACUGGUUAUCAACCACCCAGUGUUAAAGAAGACAGAGAUAUCAAAAUAGCCAAGACAUUAGAUGGUCUAACAUUAAUAAUAUUCUGGAUAGAUAUAUUUGUAUCAAACUGGAAAGCUUUAAUCUUUGAAGUUAGUUUGGGUACCAAACAAGGCAGUGGAGAUGUUAUACAGUGGCAAGAAACAAGAAAUGACAGAAUCCGUUUGACAUUACCUAAACAUAGGAAAUAUAAACAACUAUAUCUUACUCUUACUGCAGUGGAUCCUUGUGGUUUAUUUACUACUAUUCGGAAAAUCAUUGUAUUGUAAAUAUUAGAUAACUCGCGCCACCGUUAUAGAACUAUAUCGAGUAAUGCCUCCUUACAGUAGCAUUUUAAAUCCACAUAUUCUUUUCUUUAUGUAUAUCAUAGACGGUUUAUGUUAUCGGUAACUGUAACAUUUUUUAAUACCAUGCCCCCUUAAGUAUAAUGUGCUUUUAACAUAUUAGUAGCCUGUCCUAAUUUGUCUUUAUAUAAACGUUUAUAUAUCAUUCCAUUUCAUUACGUAUAAUGAAAUUUGUAUACCCAAUAUACCGCCUUUACCAGCUACUAGAGCGCGUUUGCCACCAUACAUUUACAAUUGUUUUUUUAGUAUAAAUAUAAUUGAAUUCGUAAAUUUGCGGAAAACUGAAGGAGCUAUUUUCAAUUGUCAAGAACUGAGGAGAUACGCCUAUUCCUAUAUCAAAAUAUGUAGAAUUCAAGUCAGCGUUACUAUAGUUGCCCAGACAUCAUUGCUACGGCGUCUCGGGUUUUCCGACUGCUCCGACAGGUCAUUUUGAGUCUUGAUAUUCGAUAAUUGGAUAACACGUUUUCUUGGCGCUGGCUGCAAUAAAAAGUUGGAAUGUUAUUAUUAUGUAUGAUGAAACGAAACAAUAAAUAAAUAUUUUAUUUUU